AUGGCCACCGCGGACGUCUUGGCCCAACCCGGCCUACCCAAACAACAUUUCGCACCCAUCAUCAAAGGCACCGCCACCAAGCGGAAACUUGAGACUACCAAGACCUUCGACCCCACACAACAUCUGGCUUUCGAACAACCAGAGUCCAUCUUGAUGAUGGAGGACAUCGGCUUCAGCAAAGACACCGGCGUCUCUCCCGUCGCUGUCUCCCAGCCUUUCCGCCUCUUCACCCCAGAAUGUAUCCAGAAAUUCCGCGACGAAGUCCUGAGCGAGGCCGUCAUGAGCGAAUGCACCGUGAAAAGCAAUCUUGCCGCCUGCCAAAUCAGGGGCUAUGCGGCGAAACACGCCCCCUUCGUCUACGACGCCUGGCACAACCCCACCCUCCUCUCCCACAUCUCCAAGAUCGCCGGCGUAGAUCUCAUCCCCAACAUGAACCUCGAGAUCGGGCACAUCAACAUCAGCGUCAAAUCCUCCGCGCAAGCAGCUUCCGAACGAGCGGAAAUCGAGCGCGAACGCAAGAACUACGACCAAGAUGAAGGGAUUGCCGGAUGUCCGUGGGAAGAUGACAAGCCGGUCGUCGGCUGGCAUACGGAUAGUUAUCCGUUUGUGUGCGUGACCAUGUUAAGUGAUUGCGAGGGCAUGGUGGGUGGGGAGACGGCAUUGAGGACCGGGUUCGGAGAUGUUAUGAAAGUCAGGGGCCCGGAGAUGGGCUGCGCAGUAGUAAUGCAAGGCCGCUACAUCACGCACCAAGCCCUCCGCGCUCUCGGAUCCAAAGAGCGCAUCACAAUGGUCACCUCCUUCCGACCCAAAUCCCCUCAUCUCCCCGACGACAGCGUCCUGAGCACCGUCCGCGGAAUCUCAGAUAUCUCGGAACUGUACUACGAAUACGCUCGUUACCGCCUGGAGAUGCUGGAGGAAAGGACCCGGGUCCAGCUGAAAAGUCUUCGUGAAGCUCAUGCGGCGGGGAAGAAGACAGAUGAGAAAGGUAUGAAGGCUUUUCUCGCGCAGCAGAAGUCUUUGCUUGAAAGGACGGACGAGGAGAUCUUGCCUUAUGAGGAGGUGGUCAGGGGCAAGCAGCCGGAGGUCAAGGUCGAUGAGGUCGUGGUUGUUGAGGAAGAUAGGAGUCAGCGGGUGACGAAGAGGGCGAAGCUGGGGUGA